AUGAUUAUCCCAGAAGAUAAACCGCACACAUUUACUGAGUUUUCAAAAUAUAUUAAAGAAGGGAAAAGUCUACAGUCUAACCAAAUGAUUCAUACAAAGGAGAAACCUUUCAAAUGUACAGAAUGUGAAAAAAGCUUUAGAUGGAAGUCUCAUCUACUAGAACACCACAAAAUACACACUGGUAAGAAGCUGCAUACAUGUACCGAGUGUGGUAAAUGUUUUACACAAAAGAGUAAUCUGAAAACUCAUAAAAAGAUUCACACAGGAGAAAAGCCUUUCACAUGUACAGAGUGUGGAAAACGUUUUACACACAAGAGUGAUCUGAAAAUUCAUGAAAGGAUUCACACAGGAGAAAAGCCUUUCACAUGUACAGAGUGUGAAAAAAGUUUUACAGAAAAGAGUAAACUGAAAAACCAUGAAAGGAUUCAUACAGGAGAAAAGCCUUUCACAUGUACAGAGUGUGAGAAAAGUUUUACAGAGAAGCGUGAUCUGAAAAAGCAUGAAAGGAUUCACACAGGGGAAAAGCCUUUCACAUGUACAGAGUGUGGAAAAAGUUUUACAGAGAAGAGUUAUCUGAAAAAGCAUGAAAGGAUCCACACAGGGGAAAAGCCUUUCAUGUGUACAGAGUGUGGAAAAAGUUUUACACAAAUAUUUGGUCUAAAAAGUCAUGAAAGGAUUCACACAGGGGAAAAGCCUUUCACAUGUACAGUGUGUGGAAAAAGUUUUACACAAAUAAAUAGUCUGAAAUAUCAUGAAAAGAGUCACACAGGGGAAAAGCCUUUCACAUGUACAGAGUGUGGAAAAAGUUUUACACAAAAAAGUGAUCUGAAAUAUCAUGAAAGGAUUCACACAGGAGAAAAGCCUUUCACGUGUACAGAGUGUGGAAAAUGUUUUACAGAAAAGAGAUAUCUGAAGAUGCAUAAAAGGAUUCACACAGGGGAAAAGCCUUUUACGUGUACAGAGUGUGGAAAAAGUUUUACACGAAUGAGUAAUCUGAAGACUCAUGAAAGGAUUCACAAGGGAAGAAAGAUGGAACCCGCAGAAGCCAUCUUGCUUAAAAAGAUCACUAUUAUCCUUAAUGAUCACUUUACACGGCUCAUGAAUGAUUUAUCUGAAGCAUGGGGCCAUGGCGGCGUCCAUAUACAACGGCACAGCAAGGACACAAUACUCACGACAACUCCAAAACUGGAGUCUACUGAAGAAAGCAAUAUCUUGGUAAUACACCAGGCAGAGACACCUUCAUCAGACACGCGUUACAAGGAGAGAGUGCGGGCACUAACCCAUAUGGAGAACUAUGAGAAAGGAGAUAAGGGAAACUUCACGGUAUUGCCUAAAACUCCUACCUCCUUCCUCUCAGCCCCUAUGAUGAUUUUGAGUCAAACUGUUCUGCGGAAAGGGGGGAACGCUAACCGGUCACUGAAGGUGGUGGGAUUUACAUCAAGUGAGAAGUCUACAGAAUGUGAGAAAAGCUUUAGAUGGAAGUCUCCUCUACUAGAACACCACAAACUUCACAAAGGUGAGACACCACACACGUGUCCUGAGUGCGGCAAAUGUUUUACACAAAUGGAUCAUCUGAAAACUCAUAAAAAGAUUCACACAGGAGAAAAAACUUUCACAUGUACAAAGUGUGGAAAAAGUUUUACACAAAAGAGUGAUCUGAAAAAGCAUGAAAGGAUUCACACAGGAGAAAAGCCUUUCACAUGUACUGAGUGUGGAAAAAGUUUUACAGAAAAGAGUAAUCUGAAAACUCAUGAAAGGAUUCACACAGGAGAAAACCAUUUUACAUGUACAUGGUGUGGAAAAAGUUUUAUACAAAGGACAUUUUUUAAAACUCAUGAAAUGAUUCACACAGGAGUAAAGCCUUUCACAUGUACAGAGUGUGGAAAAAGUUUUACACAAAAGAUUCAUCUGAAAUCUCAUGAAAGGAGUCACACAGGAGAAAAGCCUUUCACAUGUACAGAGUGUGGAAAAAGUUUUACACGAAAGAGUGAUAUGAAAAAUCAUGAAAGGAGUCACACAGGAGAAAAGUCUUUUACAUGUACAGAGUGUAGAAAAAGUUUUACACGAAAGAGUCAACUGAAAUCUCAUGAAAGGAGUCACACAGGAGAAAAGCCUUUCACAUGUACAGAGUGUGGAAAAAGUUUUACAGAAAAGAGUAGUCUGAAAACUCAUGAAAGGAUUCACACAGGAGAAAAGUCGUUCACAUGUACAGAGUGUGGAAAAAGUUUUACAGAAAAGAGUAGUCUGAAAACUCAUGAAAGGAUUCACACAGGAGAAAAGCCUUUUACAUGUAUAGAGUGUGGAAAAAGUUUUACACAAAUAAAUAGUCUGAAAAGUCAUGAAAGGAUUCACACAGGAGAAAAGCCGUUCACAUGUAUAGAAUGUGGAAAAAGUUUUACACAAAUAAAUAGUCUGAAAAGUCAUGAAAGGAUUCACACAGGAGAAAAGCCUUUCACGUGUACAGAGUGUGGGGAAAGUUUUAUACAAAGGAAAUUUUUUAAAACUCAUCAAAUGAUUCACACAGGAGAAAAGCCUUUCACAUGUACAGAGUGUGGAAAAAGUUUUACACAAAAGAGUUCUCUGAAAUAUCAUGAAAGGAGUCACACAGGGGAAACUUUCACAUGUACAGAGUGUGGAAAAUGUUUUACACAAAUGAGUAAUCUGAAAACUCAUGAAAGGAUUCACACAGGAGAAAGGCCUUUCACAUGUACAGAGUGUGGAAAAAGUUUUACACAAAAAAGUGAUCUGAAAUAUCAUGAAAGGAGUCACACGGGGGAAACUUUCACAUGUACAGAGUGUGGAAAAAGUUUUAUACAAAAAAGUGAUCUGAAAUAUCAUGAAAGGAUUCACACAGGGGAAAAACCUUUCACAUGUACUGAGUGUGGAAAAAGUUUUACACAAAAGAGUAAUCUGAAAUAUCAUGAAAGGAGUCACACAGGGGAAAAGCCUUUCACAUGUACAGAGUGUGGAAAAAGUUUUACACAAAUGAGUAAUCUGAAAACUCAUGAAAGAAUUCACAAGGGAGGAAACCUUUCACAUGUUUAGAAAGUAGGCUUGCCACCUUUUGUCCAGCCGAUUCCCUGACACUUUUCAAAUGGGUGUGGUCGGGGUGUGGUCUUACACAACCUUAAUAAAAUAUAUUUUACCAUU